AGGUAUCGUCAAAUACCACGAUUCGGAAGGACCACAAUCCGACGAUUCCGUAAGAACUCGACCGCGAUGAAAAAAAUGGCUGCUCGAGAUUUCGAGGAUUUAUUGCAGUGUGCUCUACCCGUAUUCGGAGGCGUGUUUCCCAGCCGUACGCACAACAAGGUCGUUCUCGACCUUCUCUUUGAGUUGGGAAAGUGGCACUCACUUGCAAAACUGCGCCUACACACGGACGACACUCUCAAGCUUCUUGAACAGGCAACUAUUAGUCUAGGAGCGUCAGCCCGCAAAUUUCAGGCCGAAGUCUGCCCCUCAUAUGACACCCGCGAGAUACCAUCUGAGACUUCUGCCCGUGGGCGCAGAGCAGUAACAAAAAUCGCCAAUUCCAAGGGGAAAGCACGGGCAACCAACGUUGCACAAUCCAGUAAACGCAAGGUCUUGAACCUUGAUACAUACAAGUACCACUCGCUUGGCGACACGGUAAAAUCAAUCCGUCACUAUGGUACUAUGGAUAACUACAGUUCCUUGCUGGUAUUUCUAUUUGCCAUGCAUGCUACAUAUAUUACUGACUCUGGUUUAUGCAGUGCGAACUUGCUCAUUGUCUUUCCAAAGGACGCUAUCCACGGACUGGGAAAAAACACGAUCACAUGCUCGCCUCCAUGA